GGCUCCCGGGCGGCUCCUCCCGGUUGAGCGGCGGCUCCGCGCGGGCCCCGCGCCCUCCCCGCGCCGCACCCGCGGCCCGCCCGGCCGGGCAUGAGGCGGAGCGGCGGCGGCACAAAGGCUCCAGCGGGGCUGCGCCUUGCCUGAGGCGGCGCCGGGCCCGCCGCGGCCCGCGGGGCGAUGUCGCACGAUCACGACAUGGACAGGACGAUCAAGGAAACCUCCAUUUUAGAGGAAUACAACAUAAACUGGACUCAGAAGCUGGGAGCUGGCAUCAGUGGGCCUGUUAGAGUCUGCAUGAAAAAAUCCUCCCAAGAACGCUUUGCACUGAAAAUCCUCCUCGAUCGUCCAAAAGCUCGAAAUGAGGUACGUCUGCACAUGAUGUGUGCAACACAUCCCAAUAUUGUUCAAAUAAUUGAAGUUUAUGCUAACAGUGUGCAGUUCCCACAUGAAUCCAGCCCCAGGGCUCGGCUCCUAAUUGUAAUGGAGAUGAUGGAAGGGGGAGAGCUCUUCCACAGAAUCAGCCAGCACCGGCACUUUACUGAGAAGCAAGCGAGCCAAGUAACAAAGCAGAUAGCUUUGGCUUUGCAGCAUUGCCACUCACUAAACAUUGCACACAGAGACCUCAAGCCCGAGAAUCUCCUCUUCAAGGAUAACUCUCUGGAUGCACCUGUUAAAUUGUGUGACUUUGGGUUUGCCAAAGUAGACCAAGGUGACUUGAUGACACCCCAGUUCACUCCCUAUUAUGUAGCACCUCAGGUAUUGGAGGCACAAAGAAGACAUCAGAAAGAAAAGUCUGGUAUUAUCCCCACCUCUCCAACCCCUUACACUUACAACAAGAGCUGUGACCUGUGGUCCUUGGGGGUGAUUAUCUACGUGAUGCUGUGUGGGUACCCCCCCUUCUACUCCAAGCACCACAGCCGGACGAUUCCCAAGGACAUGAGGAAAAAGAUCAUGACAGGAAGCUUCGAGUUCCCAGAGGAGGAGUGGAGCCAGAUCUCAGAAAUGGCAAAAGACAUUGUCAGAAAGCUGCUGAAGGUCAAACCUGAAGAACGUCUGACCAUUGAGGGGGUGUUGGACCAUCCCUGGCUCAAUUCCACAGAGGCCCUGGACAACAUCCUGCCCUCUGCCCAGCUGAUGAUGGACAAGGCCAUGGUGGCAGGGAUCCAACAGGCUCACGCAGAACAACUUGCAAACAUGAGAAUCCAAGACCUCAAAGUGAGCCUGAAGCCCCUUCACUCCGUGAACAACCCGAUCCUGCGCAAGCGGAAACUCCUGGGCACCAAGCCAAAGGAUGGUGUUUACAUCCACGACCCUGAGAAUGGAAGCAAUGAUUCCAACGUGGCUCUGGAGAAGCUGAGAGAUGUGAUUGCUCAGUGCAUUCUACCACAGGCUGGUAAAGGAGAGAAUGAAGAUGAGAAGUUGAAUGAAGUGAUGCAGGAGGCCUGGAAAUACAACAGGGAAUGCAAAUUGCUGCGAGACACCCUGCAGAGCUUCAGCUGGAACGGCAGAGGAUUCACAGACAAAGUGGAUCGACUAAAACUGGCAGAAAUUGUCAAACAAGUGAUUGAAGAGCAGACAAAUUCCCACGACUCUCAAUAGCUGGAGCUUCCUAAUCUUAUUUUUUUUACCAUUUAAGAUUUAUUCUUUACCUGUAAAAAGUAUUUUUAUGUAAAUUAAUAAAUCAUAAUUAUUUC